AUGGCUCCGGAGUACACAAUCUUAUUACCAACAUUCAAUGAAUCCGAGAACCUUCCGAUUUGUUUAUGGCUGAUUGAAAAAUGCCUUAAAUUCGUGAAUCACGAGGUGAUUGUAAUCGACGACGCGAGUCCAGAUGGAACACAAGAGGUAGCGGAACGGUUGCAGAAAGAGUAUGGCACAGCAUAUAUCCACGGUCUGAAGUACGCGCGAGGAGAAUUCAUCAUUUUAAUGGACGCGGAUUUGUCUCACCACCCGAAAUUUAUACCAGAAAUGAUUGAGCUUCAAAAGAAGGAAAAUCUGGACAUCGUGACGGGGACACGUUAUGCGCUUGGUGGUGGGGUCUCUGGGUGGGAUGUCAAGAGGAAAACUAUUAGCAAGGGAGCAAAUUUUUUGGCACAGGUUGGGUGUCGACCCGUGGUGAAAGCGAAGCUCGCCGUGGCAUGGCUGCUUAGUUUGGGGAAAAGUCUUUUUGCCACUCCAGCAUAUACACUGCCUCAGUACCCUGCACACUGGGCCCUGCCGUCUCAGACGUCGGACGGUAUGGCGACCGGUGAGAGGCGAUCAAAUCUCAGACUGUGUACCUACAACGCGAAAACAGUGUCCACAGACGCUGACCUGCAUGCCCUUCUCGGAGCUGCAGAGCGUAUCAAAUUUCACGUGAUUGCUCUGCAGGAGACCAAGUGCAGAAGGAGCGACGUACGACAGAUGAAUGACGAUCCUGUCACCUCGUCUGGCCAUUCUUCCCUCCGCCCUCUGCGCCAAAAAUCCAUCAGUAUCAUCAACUGCUAUUCACCAACAUCAGCAGAUGAUGAUUGCGAAUUGGACGCGUUUUACGAGGAGCUGGAGGAAGUAGUCCGCAGCGAGAAGUCCUUCUACAAAUUCGUUGUCGGAGACUUCAACGCAAAACUAGGAAAGGCCACAGAAGAGGAAUACGGGAUUGGAAGAUUUGGACUAGGGGACCGGAAUGAAAAUGGCAAUCGUCUCGCCGAGCUGUUGUCCGCCGCUCGCCUCCUUCAUGGGAACUCUCUUUUCAUGAAAAAAGAUCAUCGUCGGUGGACAUGGGAAUCGCCCAAUGGCGCGACUCUGGUUCUGAUCGCCGUCUACGACGACUACAUACUCGAGGACUCCUUGUCUCAAGGUAACUGGGACAUCGAGAAGGGCCCAAACGUGGACUACGAGAUGCUGCUCGGAGGAUUACGAGCCUGUGCUGAGCGUGCCUCGAAGCCACGCACGACAAACUUUUAUCGAAUUUCGAAGACCACCAAGGAAUUGUUGGAAGGAAGAAGGGCUUUGAGGCUUGAUCCGAAUGCAUCGCACAUUGAGCGGUUAGUAGCAAAAACUAACUGCAGAAAAGCGUUGCAGGAGGAUCUUUUGAAAUACAGGCAGAAGAAGAUUCUAGAAGCAGCACAAAGAAGAACGAGUCUAAAGAAGAGCCGCAGGGAUCUCCGCGAAUAUAAUAUUCCGCUAACAGCCUUGCUGAGCGAAGACGGGACUCGCACGUCUUCUCGUCGUGAGAUGGAAAUCAUUAUGGAGAGGUUCUACUCGAACCUUUUCCGUUCAUCAACUCCUGUGUCAAGCCCAAUCAUCCCCACUGGCGAAGCUCCACCACGGAUUCUCCCUUUGGAAGUACGAGUCGCUAUCAAGAGCAUGAAACCUGGCACAGCUCCCGGACCUGAUUUUAUAUCAGCAGAUUUUCUUUGGGCUGAUGGCCAUCCGCUUCAUGUAAUCUUAGCAGCGCACAUGACAUCCUACCUUCAGAAAGAAAGGAUCCCAGACCAGUGGAACACCUCGCGAACCGUUUCAUAA